AUGGAUACCGGUUGUUUCACCGCGGCGCAGCGUAUUUCGUGCCACACCAUGAAUGCGGAUUUAUUUAAGCCUGUUCCGGAGCGUGGACCCCAACAGUCCUCUGCCCCGGUGAAAACGAGCAGGAAUAAACCCGAACAAAUCAAACCAGAGUUGGCCCAGGUCGUGACAGACUCCAAGACUGGACGAUCCUACAGUAAAGGGAAGCUUUUGGGAAAGGGUGGCUUUGCUCGAUGCUAUGAGAUGACAGACCUCUCCAACAACAAAAUGUACGCUGUGAAGGUGAUUCCACAGAGCAGGGUGUCCAAACCACACCAAAGGGACAAGAUUACAAAUGAGAUCGAGCUUCACAAAACCCUGUCCCACAAGCAUGUGGUGAAAUUCUCUCAUCAUUUUGAGGAUCAAGAGAACAUCUACAUAUUCCUUGAGCUCUGCAGUCGGAAGUCCUUGGCACACAUUUGGAAGGCAAGACACACACUCACAGAGCCAGAAGUACGAUAUUACCUCAAACAGAUCAUAUCCGGCCUCAAGUACCUCCACAGCAGAGGAAUCCUGCACAGAGAUCUCAAACUAGGCAACUUCUUUGUCAAUGAGAACAUGGAGCUGCGGCUGGGAGACUUUGGCCUCGCUGCUAAACUGGAGACAGUCGAACAGAGGAAAAAAACAAUCUGUGGGACUCCCAACUACUUGGCCCCUGAGGUGCUCAACCGACAGGGCCACGGCACAGAGUCUGAUGUUUGGUCCCUCGGAUGUGUCAUGUACACGCUGAUGUGUGGCAACCCUCCCUUUGAGACUCUUGACCUAAAGGAGACCUACAAGUGCAUCAAGGAAGUUCGGUACAACCUGCCCUCCACGCUUUCCCCCACUGCACAGAAACUCAUCUCAGGCAUCCUGCAGAAAAACCCCAGUGACAGACUGACCCUAGACCAGAUUCUCAACCAUGAAUUCUUCACCAAAGGUUUCACUCCUGACAAACUUCCUCCCAGCAGCUGUGUGAUGGUGCCAGAGCUCCAUCCUCCUAGCCCUGCCAAGAAAUUCUUCACUAAAAUGGCCAAGAGUCUCUUUGGCAAGAAGAAGGCAAAAGUGGAGAAGAUUCCAUGUGAGGAGAAAGACGACAAAGACAUUUCCAAGCUGGUGUCGGGCAUUGUUAAGUGUUCCAUCAACCGGCAGAUCAGCUAUAAAACAGUGGGACCCAAUGAGGUGCAAUCUCCCACUGGUCAGCUGGUCAGCUCCGUGCCUUUGGAACAGACUCCAGCUGAGGAGGAAUCUAGGAAGUCCAUCUCACGCUCCUUCAAGGGCACCAUGGCCAGCAGCACUGAGCCAUGUGAAGAUGUCCUGACCCCAGCUGCUGUGGCUGAAUCAGCCAUGAAAAUUCUCAACAACUGUUUGGCUAACAUGCCUGCAGCCACUAGAAACCCACCCUGCUUGUCCAGGCCACAGUCCUUCUUGUGGGUGACUAAAUGGGUCGACUAUUCAAACAAAUAUGGUUUUGGCUACCAACUCUCGAACCAAAGCAUUGGUGUUCUCUUCAAUGAGGGAACACAUCUCAGUCUCUGUGACCAACGCAAAACUGUCCACUACUGCUUGACCAACAACAAACACUUCACUUUCCCUGCCAACUCGUUACCUGAGCAGCUUCGUAGCCAGAAACAAAUCGUAGAGCUUAUGGCCAACUACAUGGAACAGAACCUUAUGGAGGGUGGAGAUCUUCACUGUGAUGAGCAGGUCUCAGGUUCUCCUCCUCUACUGCUCCAGUGGGUGAAGACAGACCACGCACUUGUCAUGCUCUUUAACAAUGGCACUCUACAGGUUAACUUCUACACCGAUCAUACCAAGAUCAUCCUGUGCAAGUCAUCUGAUGACUCGUACCUGCUCACCUACAUCAGCCGGGAACGCGUCUCCUACACUUACCUCCUCAGCAUGCUAAAUGAGAUGGGCUGCACCUCUGAGCUACGACACAGACUCCGAUAUGUGGUCCAGCUGCUCCAACACCAUGCCGAUGCCUGAAAGCACAGCUCAGUGCCUCCCAGGCUGCCUGAGUGGCAGAUGCCUUACAGGCAACCUGACUGGUUACCACCUUCUUCUUAGGCAGCCUGACUGGUUGAUAUAAUUUCUCAAGGCAGUGCCACGAGGGGCUGACACCUCUCCAGAUGACGGAUGGAAGGCUGCUCAAGUCUUCUGAGCAAUACUGUUGUCUGAACUGGUGCUUAGGCAGCUGAUUAUCAAAUUGAUUGACCUUGAUAAACAUCAAGCAGUCAGGAAGUUGCCCAAUGCAGCAUCUGCCUCAAGGGUUUGUGCCUGUCCAGCUUAUGCCUCAAAGGUACCUGGAGGUAUUGAUACCUAAAAUAAGAGACACCUACCUGGCCUGAAAUGAUGGAUCCCUCACAGGCAGUUGCCCACAUGAACACCCAGACUCCUAAUUACCCUCCCUCACUCAUUCAAAAUCACUGCUUCUUGGCUGGAUCUUUUCAAAGCCACCAACCAACCCUGCAGCUUUCAGUAUCCCCUGACAGCCAAUAACCCAGGCAUGGUUUCUCAAAGGUAUCUAAACACUAAAAUUGGUCCUAUCUGCUUGCAACAGAACAAGGAUAAUCUUGCAGCUGGAAUGCUUUUUUUUUUUUUUUUUUC